UACGAAGUUUUUAGGUUAGACACAAUGCAAGGAGCCAAUCAAACUGCAAUCGCCAAGUGUUUUACGGGAAGAUCAAAAUUUACGGGUAACUUAUACAUGGCAGCAAUGAUCUGGAUGUGGACUAAUUAUCGUUAUGGUCUGGCGUGCUCAGUGCACAAUGAAUGCCGUUAUCAGAGCUGCGACCCCACGUUUUUGCACUCAUAAGACAACGAUGACCUUUAGUGGACGCGGCGAUGAGCGAGGCGGCUCGGCAGCCGAUCGACGGUCGAAUUCAUGUGCCCAUUCCCGCCUCGCUGCGCUCCCUCGUCACCCUGGAGAAGUACCCGGUGGUCCGUGCCAGUUCCGGCGGUGCGGCGACCUUCCACUGCAGUCCCUUGCGGAUCCUCCCCAACGCUAACGGGAGCAACGCUAACCACACAACCGUCUUAUGGGCGCUCAACCGUAAAACGCUGGCGGCACUCAACAGCGACGGGCUGCGUUACAAUUACACGGCAUCCGCCGACAUCUCCCAAACGGUAGACUGGACGGCCGCCUCCUCCACGCUUACGAUCCGCAAAGUCACCUGGGCGUCACGCGGCCUGGUGGCCUGCAUGCAGGAAUGUGAAGCCAACCCCGAAUUUGAUUUCUGCUCGCUGCAGUACUUCCGCUUCCAUGUCGUGCCCACCGCUAACGAGCUCUUCGUAGCGCCCCUGAUGCACAACGUCACGGUGGCCCCCUUCGAGGAGGCGCGUUUCCGCUGCAACACCAGCUUGGUUGCUCCCACCAACUGGUUCCAUAUUCGCAUGGGCUUUAUUUGGCGCUUUAACGCGCAGUGGCUGGCGGCUCCCCAGGCUCACGCGCUGGAGCCCUUCGUGGGGCCUGUAACCACGCCUCCGCAUGUCCCACCGCCGCUGCGGGACGUCCACCGGAUGCCCGGGGAGACGCUGGCGGAAUACAGCGUCUUUAACAACGGCACCGAUGGCGGCCAUUUCUCCAGCACGCUCGUCAUUCCCCGUGUCCAGCUGCAGACGCCGACACCGGCGCGGGUGGAGUGCUGGGUGCAGCCAGAUCACCAGCGGGAAGUCUGGCUAAGGCAGGCGGCGUACUUGCAUGUCCUACCGCGGCUGUGAAAGCUCUUCUCAUCAUCUGACCGCCACUCUUGCUGCCUGCUUGAUGAUAUAAUGUAAUAUAGGAAGGCUUUAGAAAUAAACUACGUUAUCGUUUGUCAGUUAUCCUACUUUUACAGUGCAAAAAGCUUUUUUUUCGGCCUAGGACUAGAGCGCAAAUACGUAAA